AUGACUGCAAAGGCCGAGAAUCGCUUGACCUUUCAGGAAAUAGACAAUGCAGGUCAUCCUGCUGUGACCUAUGUCUAUUCCGAACAAGAUGCGUACUCCAAGCAAACGGUGGGCAGGGUGGAUAUUCUGAACCCUCCGUCCAGCGCCUUGUCAUGGUCAACCAAGCCCCUCAUCAAUUAUCUCAGCGAUGUAUUCCUACCUACUGGCUAUCCACAAAGUGUGAGCGAUGACUAUUUGCCAUACCAAUUAUUUGACUCAUUACAAGCUUUCUGCAGUUCGAUAGCAGGCUUACUCUCUUCACGUGCUGUUCUUCAAGGCGUCGGUGUGGGUAAUGCUGAUGCAUCUCCAACCUCGGCUCUGCUUCUGCACAUCUUACAAGACUCAUCUGGUCGAGUAGCGACAAUUCUCUUCGCUCAUCGCGUCGGCACCGCCCUCGAGCCAGAGUGCAAGACUUACCGGCUCGCGGCAGACGUGUUCAACGACUUCGCCAUGAUCCUCGACUGUUUAUCGCCCAUGGUUCCAGCGGGCAUGAUGCGCGUAUCAGUCCUCAGCACAGCAGGCGUCCUCCGAGCUCUCUGUGGCGUCGCAGGCGGCAGCUCGAAAGCAAGUCUGAGCGCGCAUUUUGCAAAAUGGGGGAACCUGGCAGAGCUCAAUGCUAAAGAUUCAUCGCAAGAAACGGUCAUAUCGCUUCUGGGUAUGCUGGCCGGAUCAGUCGUCGUAUCCCACGUCACCAGCUUCACCACAACCUGGCUAGCGCUCCUCAUUCUCCUAUCAAGCCAUCUCGCCCUCAACUAUGCCGCCGUUCGCGCGGUUCAAAUGACCAGUCUAAACCGCCAACGAGCCAAUCUGGUCCUCUCCACCCUCCUCGCCACCGAUCCAGCCAUUAAGCCCCAAACCCUUGCUCUCCCCUCAUCCCCAGCCCCAACCUCAACCCACACCCCACAACCCCCAUGGAAAGUUCUCAGCCCAGCCGAAACCGCUCAAUAUGAACACAUCUUCCCCCGCGCCGACGCCCUGCACUGGAGCUACCCCGGCACCACCCACCAGCACCUCGGUACAGCCUCAAUCGGGGCCACGCUCGCCACAUUCAUCCAGCACGCGCGUGCAGCGCAAACUCCCCUCCCCGCACUCCACUCUCUGUUCGCUUCUGAAGCGCACCUCCUCGUACUGUCAUGGCAGCGCGACCGGUGGCACGCUACUAUCCUGUUGAAGAAAGGAUGCAGCGUGCGUGGGCAACUGAAGGGCUGGACGCACGCGCUGCUUGCGGCGCGGGUACUGGGGGAGUUACGUGGAGAGACUCUGGAUGGGGAUGCGAUGGUGGGAGUUCUUAGGCGCACGCUGGAGGUGCUUAAUGCAGGGGCUUGGUUUGAGAGGGCGGUUGUUGCGCUGGAGGAGAAUGGGUGGGCGGUUGAUAUUGCAGCGUUGGAGACGGGAAGGGGGGUGAGAGUUCUGUGUUAG